AUGGGCGAUGGAAUGUGCUACAGCUUUGCAAUGAGACGUCUGUGGGUCUGUGUCUUGCUUGUGAGCAUCACCUGCCGUCCAAGCCUCUCCCAGGAUGUAACUGGAACUCCCAAAGAGGCAGAAUUAAAUGACAAUAUUACCAUCUUCACACGCAUCCUGGACGGACUGCUGGAUGGCUAUGACAACAGACUCCGCCCUGGACUAGGAGAGAAGGUGACAGAGAUCAAGACCAACAUCUUUGUCACAAGCUUUGGUCCAGUCUCUGACACUGAAAUGGAAUACACUAUUGACGUGUUCUUCCGUCAAAGCUGGAAAGAUGAAAGACUUUGCUUCAAAGGCCCAAUGGAGAUGCUUCCCCUGAAUAAUCUCCUGGCCAGUAACAUCUGGACUCCCGACACCUUCUUCCUCAACGGGAAGAAAUCCAUCGCACAUAAUAUGACCACACCUAACAAGCUACUGCGGCUGAAAGAUGAUGGGACACUGCUCUACACCAUGAGACUGACUAUAUCAGCAGAAUGCCCCAUGCAACUGGAGGAUUUCCCGAUGGACGCCCAUGCUUGUCCCCUUAAAUUUGGAAGCUAUGCGUAUCCAGUCUCGGAGGUGGUGUACACGUGGACGCAGGAAGCAGCCAAGUCAGUGGUGGUGGCAGAGGAAGGCUCCCGGCUCAACCAGUACCAUCUGAUUGGUCAGACUGCAGGGACUGAGGACAUCUACACCAGUCGAGGUCAAUACACCGUGAUGAUGGCUCACUUUUACCUGAAGAGGAAGAUCGGCUACUUUGUCAUCCAGACCUACAUGCCUUGCUUCAUGACUGUAAUCCUGUCACAGGUUUCCUUUUGGCUCAACCGGGAGUCUGUGCCAGCACGGACUGUCUUUGGUGUGACCACAGUGCUCACCAUGACCACUCUCAGCAUCAGCGCUCGAAACUCGCUGCCUAAAGUGGCUUACGCUACUGCCAUGGACUGGUUCAUAGCAGUGUGUUACGCCUUUGUCUUCUCCGCACUCAUUGAGUUUGCCACAGUUAACUACUUCACCAAGAGGAGCUGGGCCUGGGAUGGAAAAAAGGCAAUGGAGGCCCAACAGCCCAAGAAGAAAGACCCUUUGGCUCUGUCUAAAAAGCCCAACAACACCUGUUCGGCCGGUGUGAAUUAUACAACCAACCUUACGAAGGACACAUCCAUCUCUACCAUUUCAAAUAGCACAGCUGUUCAGCUCAAACCCUCUGAAACCAAGGCCCCGGACCCCAAAAAGACUUACAACAGCGUGAGCAAGAUUGACAAGAUGUCCAGAAUAGUGUUCCCGGUGCUGUUUGGGACCUUCAACCUGGUGUACUGGGCCACGUAUCUCAAUAGGGAAGCAGUGAUCAAAGGAGCAGUUUAAGCUCUGCGAUCAGGAUCAUUCAUCGUCCUGACAACCAAUUCAGGUCAUCAUAACUGGAUCGCAAUACUAAUCAAUGCCACUUAGUCCUUGUAUCAUAGAUGUGUGUGUUUUUUUAGGUCAUUGGAUAACAUUGCAUGUCUGUCGCUUCAGGAAAACGUUGCCUUGAGUUUGUACAUGUACGAUAUACGACUUUUCCUAACAGACAGUUUCUCAUUUGAAAUCUCCAGUCACUGAUUAGUUUCUGCCAAAUUCAGAUGUUUCACAAUGUUAGCAUUUGGUAUUUAUAUUUUCUCCUUGCGUCUACAGUAGAUGAUGGUACAGCAAGGCCAAAUGCUAUGCAAAACAAAAUUUUUACCGUGUCAUUACUCGAAAGCAGCUUUGACUUUUGUGACUCUUACUUUGUACAAAUGGGCUGGAGGUCCAGGUAUGUGAGGCUGGGCCCAGGCCCAUGGGACUUUGCUUCCUUGUUGAAAGCAGAUGAAUAGCCAUGCUAAAUGUGUUGCCUUCAGAGUGUGAUAGCUCAUUAUGAAUGCACUGAAAUUCCUGUUACUUCUUCAGAAGCCAGAUUUAAAACUUUCAUUAAAUCAUGUUGUGUUUCUUUUUUGCUGCUUUUCUCACAGUUUUGAAUGGCCAGUUUUUUCAUAAAUGUAAUUUUCAAACGGGGACAGAUUUCAAGCUAAAGUGAUACAGUGGCAGCUUCUGUUUCCAGGUCCCCAUGUUGAGAAUCCUGUAUGUGUGUACGUAUGGUCGUAGUUUAAGAAACAUGUAUAUAUGCCCUGCUUUUAAAAAAGAAGUACCACUUAAGCCAGUAAGGUUAGCUUCUAUGUUAUGCGUAUACAGCAACACAGUGUUGCUCUAGUCUAGUGCUGCAUUGACUGGAUAUUGAGAAAUGAGCAGAAUAGCUUGAGCUUUAGCAAUGUUGACAGAAUAUACAAUGCUUUUUCAAAACAUUUUGUUUUUUAGAUCAGUUUCUCGUUUCUAUAAGCUUUGAUGAUAACUCGCAAAUAUUCUUGAUCAAUAUUUGGAUGCUUUGAGCAGGAUCACUUUUUGUCAUAAUUUAGAGUAACUGCUGUAGUUAGGAGACUGACUUGAGACAGAAAGUCACAAUGACCAGGUUAUUCCAUUUUUACCAAUAUCGUUUUUAAAUCACAAUGUUACUUUUUAGGGCAAGUUGUCAUUAAAUGAGUGUUAAAUUAAAGGAAUAAUUUGACAUAUUGGGAAAUUCGCUUUUUCUUUUUCUUGCCAAGAGUCAGAUGACAAGAUUGAGGCCACUCUCAUGUGUCUACACAGCAAAUAUGAAGCUACUACCAGAAACGGAUUAGCUUAGCUCUUAGCACAAGACUGAACACAGAUAAUUCACUUAAAGGAAUUCACUUAAAGGAAUUUUUUUUUUUUUUUUUUAUCUUAUUUGCUUCUUUGUCGAGAUUUAAAUUAUUCUGUACCCUCAAUAUGAAGCUACAGCCAGACGCCAGUUAGCUUAGC